UCUCCUGUAAGAUGGCUAAUUGAUUUGACCCGGUUAACUUGAUUUAAUAUGUAGUCCCACUACACCCUGGCACAGGUCCUUCUGCCACGUCUGUGCCCUUUGUAUUUUCACAUUAGUGCCUUCAUAACUCUCUGCCUCCCACCUACUGUGCUAUGUUCUAGCAUACUUGUUCCUUAGAUUCCUGAGAUUUGUGCAGAAGGACAUGAAUAAUCUCACUGCUUUAAUUUUCUUUGUAAUGGAAGUCCAAUGGCAACGUUUCCCAAGAGUCUGUCCAGGAAGUCCCUGCCGCCUCUGGCCAGUCAGCGACCCUUCUCUGGUGUUGCAUUUAAUAUGUGGCUGUCAGCCUCCCCCUUCUCGUGUCACCAAAAGCACUGCCAACCAAUCUCCUGAUCUCCACAAGUUUAUCCAGACAAGAUAAGGAAAAUAGUUGUUUCCAAGGUCUUUAGUCCACAUUUCUACUUUCUCAUUUGUCACCUUCUCAAGUGAAAGAAGAGCUUCCAAUUUUUCAGUGAAAUCUCUGUUGUAAACGUAUAUCCAUGAGCACAAAGCAAGGCUGUGAGGGUGUUAGUACCUCACCAGCAUGCUUGUACACGAGCCGGUAUCCUGGGCAGGAACAGGGAUGCCCCUUCUCCCCAUAAGCUUCAUCCUGUCAGACAGGAAUGUCCCAUGCCAGGCUCACCACGUGGGCAGGUGCAGCAGCAAGAUGUGUCAGAGUGGGAGCUGUCUAGGACUGGCUAUCCAAAUCGCCUUUCUUCAAACCAGUUGCUCUCCUUGUGCACCCUUGACUUGCUGGGGGCUAGCUUUAAUGGACAGGAGCACCCCGAAAUUCCCACUUCAAAGGCAGAGUCGAAAGUCCUCCCUAUCUUUCUUUGGUAAAAUGAGGCAGACUGGGCUUUGAUCAUCAAAGUUUUCCUGUUUGGAAGGAGGAGGAGCCAUCUAGUCAUGGGUUCAUUGAUUCCCUGCCCAGCAAGAAUGUCUGCCUGGGCACAGCCAAGCCGCACCUCUGAUGACUAACAGGCAGUGCUCUCUCUCUUUGAUACAUUAUCAGCUGGGUUUAUCAGAGUAUCAACACAACCUCCCCACUCCAGGCCUCGCCCCUUCUGGCCAGUUCUCUCUACAGAGCGGGUCAGGGCUGCAUGAAAGCUGAGCUCACUCCAAUUCCAAGGAAUCUUAACAAAUCUUAAUAGCAGGUUUUAAGCUACUUCUUUACUUUUUUUGGUCUGUGCGGGAAGUCUGAGCUAAAAAAAAAAAAGGAAAGAGACAGAAGUAUAAUUGUUUUGGCACGCCUGCAUUCCUACUUCAGUCAGACGGGUAGGCACUCUUUCUUGUUGGAGGCAGGAAGAGGAUCUGAUCCCUGAAGAUCAUCGCCACGAACGUGCGUAAGUGAAACCUGCAGCCAUGCUGAAACAGAUAUUAUCGGACAUGUACAUCGAUCCAGAGCUGCUGGCAGAACUCAGCGAGGAGCAGAAGCAGAUCCUCUUCUUCAAGAUGAGGCAGGAACAGAUCAGACGGUGGGAGGAAAGAGAAGCUGUGGCAGAAAAGAUUUCAGCAAAGAAGCCACUGCCAAGAAAAGCCAACAGGAAGUCAGUGACAUGGAAACUAGGCGCUGACAAUGAAGUGUGGGUCUGGGUGAUGGGCGAGCAUCCUUCAGAUAAAUCCUAUGCAGCCAUCUGUGAAGAGAUCCAGGCACAAAGAGCAAAGCGCUUAGUGAGAGAGCAAGGCCAGGAGGCCAGAGACACUGACUCUUCUGCAACAUGGUCUCUACACCCACAGCCAGGACUUCUGUCUGAGACAGAUCUUCAUGAGAAUAAAAAAAAUACUGCGGAGAAAAGGGAGGAACAUGGGAGAAGAAUGACUGAUACUGAUACAACAGGAAAAAGCCAGGAGCUCACAAAGAGGGGAACCAGAAAUGUUCACCAGAUGCUGGCAGAUUGCCAUGUGAGGAAGCAUGCUUUCCAACAGAUGAAGGAAGCACAGAGGAAAAAUUCAGAAGAGAUCACAGCCCCCCAGGACCCAAUACCACAGAGCCACGCCAGCACAGAGAGCCAGAGAAUGGUGCAGAAAUUGGAUGAGAAUGAGCCUGAAUGGCAGGAAUUCUUGUGGAAAUCCAAGGCAGCAGAUGAGAAGAGACGCUCCCUUGCACGGCAAGCCAGAGAUGACUACAGGAGGCUUUCACUGCAGGGCAUCCACAGAGGGAAGCAUGCAGAUAUUUCCAAGGGUGCCAUAGUAGGAGAUCGGCGACCACUUCAAUAUCCACCUCUUCCCCCCAAGCCUAAAGUUCCACUUCCUGCAACGGCAAAUGGGAGAGCAAUUAGGAAAGAGGGAGUCCAGAGGACAAUCUCCAAUUCCACAGAAGAAAGCAUAAUCAAGUGGUUCAAAGAGGAGCAAUUCCCUCUCCGAGCUGGAUAUCUGAAAACCGCAGACACAAUAGCACCUUGGUUCCAUGGUAUCCUAACCUCUAAGAAAGCAGAAGAGCUUCUGAAUAAAACAGUACCGGGGAGUUUUCUGAUCCGGGUCAGUGAGAAAAUCAAAGGCUACGUGCUCUCCUAUCAGUCUGUGGAAAGGUGUAAACAUUUCCUCAUUGAUGCCUCCAGUGAUUCCUACAGCUUCCUUGGAGUGGACCAGCUGCAACAUGCAACACUGGCUGACCUUGUAGACUACCACAAGGACGAGCCCAUUACUUCCUUGGGAAAGGAGCUGUUGCUUUACCCAUGUGGCCAAGAGGACGAAGAGCCAGAUUACAUCUCUCUCUUUGAGUAAACCUCCUCAUCUCGCUGGACAGUUCCAGACUCCUAUUCACAAAAAACUUGGAACAGAACUUGGAACUAGAACUGCUGAUACUUACCUGAAUGCACAAGUGCCUCUAUUUUGUAUCAUUCACAACAAAGCAGUAGUAGGAUAAAUACUGUUGCGAGCUACAGGAUGCAUCAACCCAGCAACCUGCAAAGCAUCUGGAUAGAGAGAAUGAGUUAAUGAAGUUACCAGUUGAAGAGGGAAAUACUGCCCUGGAUUUUCAGUGGGUUUUUGUAGGUUUCUUGGGAGACUUCUGUAUUCAAGUUGCCUUUUGUUCUUGAAUGCAAGGUUCCCAUCUGGGAAAUAGAUUAGUACCUACAGUUGAAGGUAUAUGACAUUAUACCUUCCUGAAAGCACAAAACAACUUGGAGAGGUGAAUCAAUCUUGAUAUGCAAUUUGAAUAAUGUGAACCUUAAUUCUACAAAAUGCUGUGUCCUUGGAAGGAAGGAUGUUCAGCCAAACAUCCAAGCAAACCCUGAGUUCCUUUCAGUGAAAGGUGCUCUCUGUGACAAGAGAUUUGCACACACAAAAAGUGCAUUUUUUUAAACUCCCCUAGCCUCUGAAUAUAUAUUCAGAUAUAUAUUCACUCUUUUAACCUGUAUUUAACUCCCACACAGGCCUUUCUGCAUUGAAAGGGAUUAUCCUUUUUGAAAAGGAAAGGAGACAGAACAGAGGCAUUUUUAUGAAUGACAACCACAUGUACAGAGCCUAAAAAUGUAAGAAGGAACCUAUAUCAGUAUUAAUACAGAUUACAGAAGAGAAUUUGCCAGUAAAGAAUGCUGUUUUCCAAAAUAGAGCUAUUUGUUGCAAGCUGUGUCCCAAUUACUGAGAUGCGUCUGGUGUAAACUUCAUCAUAAAACUUGUUCGCUCAACAUAAUGUUCUCUCUUCUUAUCUGUUACUAUGCUCUUUAAAUACAUAAUUCAGAAGAUUGGGGGACAACCUGGAUAGAAUCACAUAACAAAUUAGUCUUCAUCCAGGUUCCCUCAUGUUGUUGCACAUGACAAACUCUGCAGCUGAGGGUUGUGGUGUGAAUAUGCAAACACCUUUUUUAGAGGCACAAUCCUCAAAUAGUGAACAACAGUUGAUCUUGUUUCAGUUGUUUACCUGUUUUUACCUGUUCUCUUUUUUUCUGUUAGAUCAGGACUACUCCACUUAACUUGAAGAAGCAGUCAAAACUUUCAGUCUUAUAUUAAUCUGGGUUUUGCAGAAUACAGGUUUUUAAAAAUUGUGUUCAUCUGGUCUUAACAUUUACAAUGCUGUAAAGACUAUGCUGACAGGCGGUUUCCAUUCCAGGAAAGAGGGGAUAACUGCAUUCCAGUUACAGGAGAUGUCACUUGCUAGAAAUAAAGCCUUAAUGUAAAAUGAGAUUCUGAACAUAAAGACACUCUGCCACUGCAAAUGACUUAAUGAGCUUCUUGAGAAAUAUAUUGCAUGUAUCAAAGAGAUAAUUUCAAUAUAAUCUGCAUUAAUCA